ACCAAUAGGAGCGCGGGAACGGCCGGACCUCUUCCGUUCAACCUCGCUUUGAGCUCAUCGAGCCUCUUUUUGUCGAUGGCAUGGUGCUAACUGCUACGGCAGAAAUACCGUUGUCACGAGAAAAUACGACUUCUAAUGCUGAAUUGAGAAAUUUUACUUAGAACUGUUGACUUUGGUGGAUUUUUUUUAGGUACAUGACAGCCACCACACCUUUAACAAGUCAGCAUCCAGCCUCAUUUUUUGAGGUUGUUAUUUCUGCCCCAAGGUUAGCUAGUUAGCCGAUUAACGCUAAACUAGUUGAGCUAACGGUAACUCGUCUCCAGUUUAACAAUAACUGCGUUUUAAAUUCAUAGGGAUUAAAAGGAAGUGAACUAAAUAGAGGAAUAGCAUGGCAGAAGCCGAUAAGUUGAACAUCGACUCCAUUAUACAACGUCUGCUGGAAGUGAAAGGCUCCAGACCGGGCAAAAAUGUUCAGCUGACAGAGAAUGAAAUCCGUGGCCUCUGCCUCAAAUCCCGAGAGAUCUUCCUCAGCCAGCCAAUCCUGCUCGAACUUGAGGCGCCCCUCAAGAUUUGUGGUGAUGUUCAUGGGCAAUACUAUGAUCUGCUGAGGCUCUUUGAGUAUGGGGGCUUCCCGCCAGAGAGCAACUACCUGUUCCUGGGGGACUAUGUGGACAGGGGCAAGCAGUCCCUGGAGACCAUCUGCCUGUUGCUGGCGUACAAGAUCAAAUACCCAGAAAACUUCUUUCUGCUGAGAGGAAACCAUGAGUGUGCCUCCAUUAACAGAAUAUAUGGCUUCUACGAUGAGUGUAAGAGGCGAUACAACAUUAAGCUGUGGAAGACCUUCACAGACUGUUUCAACUGUUUGCCUGUUGCAGCCAUUGUUGAUGAGAAGAUCUUCUGUUGCCAUGGAGGCCUAUCCCCCGACCUCCAGUCUAUGGAGCAGGUGCGAAGGGUCAUGCGCCCCACGGAUGUGCCUGACCAGGGCCUUCUCUGUGACCUGCUGUGGGCCGACCCGGACAAAGAUGUGCUGGGCUGGGGCGAGAACGACCGUGGUGUCUCCUUCACUUUUGGUGCCGACGUGGUCACAAAGUUCCUGCACAAACAUGACAUGGACCUGAUUUGUCGGGCCCAUCAGGUGGUGGAGGAUGGAUAUGAGUUCUUUGCAAAGAGGCAGCUGGUGACGCUGUUCUCUGCCCCAAACUACUGCGGGGAGUUUGACAAUGCCGGCGCCAUGAUGAGCGUAGAUGAGACCCUCAUGUGCUCAUUCCAGAUUCUCAAACCUGCAGACAAGAAGCUGUUCUAUGGUGGUGGUGGGGGGGCGGGCUCAGGCCGCCCGGUCACUCCCCCAAGGAAAGCUAAGAAAUGACAACCGUAGUUUGCCCUUGACCUCCAACCCAUCCCUCCUGCCCUCUCUACCUCUCUUCUCCUUUCUUUCACCAAACAGCCAGAAAUCAAACCUAUACCCAGGGCUUUUUUCCUUUUUUAUCUGUACUUCUUAAACAUUUAAUGUUACGAAUUGUCUGAGUGAGUGCGUGGAUGUGUGUGCGCAGAUGACAUGUCUCAUCUGCAGGUGAGCAUUAAGAUCAUGUGUGCACGUGUACAUUUUGUGUGGGAGUAUUAGAGAUUUAUACUUUCCCCUCUCUCUUACCACUCUUCCCGUGGAAAGGUUGAAACCACAGUGUCUGUCUGUACAGUAAUUUUGACUGAAAAGCAGGGGCUAGGAGACAGUGAGAGAUGCUGUGAUGACAGAUUUAGCAGCAAAGCCCUGCCAGCAGGUGAUGUGUGUGUGUGUACUUGUGGAGGGGGGAAGUAUUUUGUUUUCCCUGUCCUCUGUACUGUAAAAUCUCCAACACAGGUGUGUAUGGGUGUGUGUGUGUGUGUGUUUAUGUGCUUGCAGUGUUUUGCUGGGGGCAUGGCGUCUCUCCUUGAACAGGGAGGAGUAUGUCACCUUGUCUCACAUGAGCAAGCACCUGCUUAUCCACACACACACACACACAUACACACACUUACACACGUAUGACUCUUCAGAUUCAUAUGAGCCAGAGCUGUAAAAACCCCAUACAGUUUAGGUUUGUACAGAUUUGAUUACUUGAAAGAGAUUUUUUGUGAAUUCGUUUUGUAGUCUUUCAUCAAGUUGACCAAUAAAGCGAGAAUCUGA